GCAGCAAAGUCAGAACUCGAAGCGAGCUAUCUAUUUGUUCCAGCUCGGUGUCUUUUGACGUCGAAGUGCCACUCAAUUAUCAUGACAUCCGUGCCUCCGGAACUUGUGGACUGUGUCUUCGGCAAAUUAGACAAAGCACUUGACCGUCCAACUCUAUCAUCUUGCACCCGUGUCUGCCAGGCAUGGCACCGACUCGCUCUGCCCCACUUGUUCUCCGCCAUCACAAUUCAGUAUAGUGCUUCAUCAGAACGGCGCGAUAAUCCCUUCGUUCCAAAGUCCGUACACGGGCUGCACCUAUUAUUGGAAAAAUAUGCCUUCCUGGGUCCCUGCGUGGAGAAGGUUGAAGUGCGUGUAAAAAGCACCGCGCUGGGUGAUGAAGGAAUGAUCCAGUGGGAUGAGCCUGCCUCUGUCAGCGUGUUCCAUGCCAUGACGAACCUGAGGCACAUCGCUAUCAAUGGUAGCCAUUUCUUCGCCUGGCAAACUAUGCCAAUUUCUAUUCGCCAAGCAAUGUAUAAUUCAUUCCGACUUCCUAGCGUGACCUGCUUGACAAUGGAAGCCAUGCACAUUGCUGUCGCCAAUUUCGCAGAGUUUUUCUCCGUUAUCGGUGAUUGUAUCGCGUUGGAGACUCUGGAUAUCUCAUUCGUUGACUUCCCUUCACGGCCCGAAUUUCCCCCGCGUGUCGCUCCAAUACCUUCUCAUUGUCGGCCCCAGCUUCGCUCGCUUUCAAUGGUCGUGUUCCCUAUGGUCAUGGAGGUUCUACUAGAAUUUCUUCUUGACUAUGUAGAUCUGAGAAAGCUAGAGUCCUUGCGCCUUAAAUCCAGCAAGUUAGAUUCCUGGACUCUCCAUACAUUAUUCAAAACGACCAUAGAUAAGUUGGAUUAUCUAGAUAUCGGCUUUAUUGAUUUUUCAAGUGGAGGGUCUAGAAGAUGUGGUUCUAUCCCGCAAUUUACGGUCUCUCGCAUUUGCGCUGUCGCUUCCAGCCGAGCAACAAUGCAUUAGCCAAUUGGAGGCUUUAGAGGAAUUAUUCGCUCAGACUUUGAAUUCUGGCGACAGGUGCAUUGAGGAGAUUACCCUCAAGUUUUAUUCGUCUCGUCUUGACCUCAUGGACUUCUCCAACACAUUAUGGUGCUCGUUAGCGGAAGCGCUGAGGACCGCGGCGAUAGGUCUGGCAGCUACUCUGAAGAAAGUCAA